CACACACCUCGCAUCCGUUGACUCAGCUUUCUUGCCUCUUCCUUCCUAUCAUCGCGUCCAUCUUCUCUACUGUACAUUUUUCUGUUCGGCUUUCAACACUUGCAUCUUCUCUGAUUCGUCUUGUUUUUUGCCUUGUUGCAUAUUUGCUUUUAUUCUCUCACAGCUGCGCAUCGCAUCUGCAACUGCAAGACACGUCGCGUUUUUUAUCACGACGUCUUGCGCCGAAUCCUGCACCGAGUCAAUUCGCCAGAGUCAUCUCCGACACAACCUGAUCGACCGAUUGCAAUCACCCUCGAGGCCACUGACUAUAUCAUUGAGUCUCUUGUCGACUUGAACCGUCCCGGCGUCAAAUAGUAGAUGCGGUAGCGUCACCUUUGCGCGACGCCCGUAUCAACCCAAUCCCAACGCCGGCACGAUGAGCAACCGUCAUCAUCUGCCGGCUGGGCAGAACAUGCAAGGCGCAGCUGCUGGGAUGCCAAACAUGGAUAUGUCUGGCUCCCAAGGAGGUCUUCCUAGACGGAGACCCCAGCAGCAGCCUCAGUAUAUGCCGCAGUACCAUCAUCCUAUGAACCCCAUGUAUCAAAACUACAACCCUUAUAAUGCGCCUCCUUACUAUCAAGUUCCGCCACAGUACCAGAAUGGAGGCAUGCCAUCUCCCGGCUAUAUGCCUUACCAGGGCUACGGCCGAUCUCCCCAGAUGAUGCAUCAAUACGUCCCCAUGGCCGGAGUUGCCGUCCCUCCCAACAACUAUCCUCGCCAUUCUCCUCAUUCGCCCAGCUUGUCGACACCUUAUCAACCUCCUCUUGCUCCUGCGCCUAUGUCAUCACACACGCCUUCUUCGUCGCACUCGUCUCAGAUUCCUCUGCCACAAACUCCUCCUGCACCUCAAGCGCCGCCUGUGCAAGAGCAGGCUGAGGUCGAACCCGCGCCUGCUCCCAUCCCUCAAGAAGAGCCUGCACCUGUAUCUCGAGUUGCUUUCCGCCCACCUCUGCCUUGGUUCUCUCAACCCGACCUCGACUUUCCCGCCAGAACCCCACGAUCGCGUCGAAGACGCAAGCAAUUGGCACAAGACAACCAGGCAGUUUCCCUGCCCGCCGACACUCCCAGUGCCCCUACCGACAGCGAUGCGACGCCUUCACAAGAACCUGCGGUCGGCACUGCCGAUACCGCUCAGGCUGACACAAAUGCCACUGUAGACUCUGAAGCUGUCGAGGCGGAAGCUGAAGUCGAAGCGCCUGCUCCUCGUGCGGCGCCUACAAGUUGGGCUAAUCUCUUUACCCGCGGUGCUGUUUCCCAGGCCGCAAGCACAAACGGCAGCGUAUCAGCUAGCCAAGCUAACGAAGGCGCCGAGGGCGGCGUUGUUAGCGCUGGCUUUUCAAAGGCUGGUGCCAACUCCAUGGCCGAGGCCAUCCAAGCCUUCCGUGUUCAAGCUACCGAGCUUAUUCCCCUUCUAGAGCCCCGUGGUUUGAUCAACACUGGUAACAUGUGUUACAUGAAUUCGAUCCUUCAAGUUCUCAUGUUCUGCGUGCCAUUCUACGAUUUCCUCGAUCAGGUCGGCAAGCGCGCAGCCCAUAGUUUCAAGAGCGAGACCCCCCUCUUGGACGCCAUGAUUAUGUUCUCGCACGAGUUCAAAACUCUCAAGUCGGCCCCUUCUGUGGAACAGCUUCAGAAAGCCACCCGACCCGAAGAAUUUGACAAGAGUGGCGACCCUUUUACUCCAGAGUUUGUGUAUGAAGCUAUAAGACAGCUUUCACGCUUUGAUAGUAUGAGACGUGGUCACCAGCAAGAUGCUGAAGAAUUCUUAGGUUUCAUGCUCCAAUCUCUUGAUGAUGAGUGUACCACAGUUAUGAACAACCUUGCUGCUAUCACUGCCGCAACAUCAGAGACUUCCUCUGUCGAUGGCAGUGUCGACCCGUCAGGCGAUUGGCUCGAGGUUGGUCGCAAGCAACGCUCUGCCGUAACUCGCUCAUCUGGAUUGAACACAUCUACUCCCAUCACCAAGAUCUUUGGUGGUCUGCUGCGGUCUGAGUUCCGCGUUCCCGGCCUCAAAGACUCUAUUACUACUGAACCGUACCAACCGCUUCAACUUGACAUUGGGUCACCCGAAGUUCGCAACGUUGUGGACGCUCUGCGUGGUCUGACCCGCCCCGAACGCUUACAGGGUAACUUCAACUCGCCUCGUGGCAACGAUGUCACUGCCACGAAGCAGGUGUUUAUCGAAUCUCUUCCUCCAGUUCUCAUUCUGCAUCUGAAGCGAUUCCAGUUUAAUGCAGAAGGUGGCACCGUCAAGAUUUGGAAGAAGAUUGGAUACCCAUUGGAGCUCGAGAUUCCUCGUGAGGCCCUGUCCCGCCAGACCAGACAGACUAUGGGUGAUGGCCGCAUGCCUCGAUACAAGCUCAUCAGCGUUGUUUAUCAUCAUGGUAAGAACGCUUCUGGCGGUCACUACACUGUUGAUGUGCGCCGCCAAGAUGGCCGCGAAUGGCUCCGUCUCGACGACACUGUUUUGAGACGCGUUCGCAGCGAAGACGUGGCUGAGAUGGGCUCUGAAGAGGAGGUCAAGGAGACUCGCAAAGAGACUCCUACCUCAUCGUCUUCUGCCAACAGAUUCGGAGCUAUCAAUGACGAUGACGACGAAGGCGACGAAGAUGGCGGCUGGAAUCAGGUUACUGCUUCUGCUGGCCAUCACAAGCGCUGGAGCAGCAUUGCCAACAGCCCGUCUGCCAAUGGCACUCCUAGCAAGGAGAAGUACAGCAAGGACAACUUCAAAGAUAACCGCGUGGCAUAUCUUUUGUUUUAUGAACGUAUGUAAAAAAUGGGUUCGAACACCGGAUAGGAUAGUUUUAUUGGUUUCAGCAUUUCUCGAACAAUACUUUUGGUGUGCUAUUACUACUUACUGCCUGCGGGAUGGUUGGUGUCAGGUGUUGGUUGGGUAAAGGGACUUUGAAGGAGUGGUAUGCGAAUACAUGUAUGGGAUAAUGGAAAAUAGGGAGGACUUAUUGGGGAGAAGGAGAUGAAGUUGUUGCAUAUGUAUUUUGAAACGGCCGCUGAAAGAAGGUGUCAUUUAGAAAGAAAACAAAGCAGCGCUGGAACAGAUGGGAUCUCUUCAAGUUGGAUCUCAGAUUUACAUACCCUGUGCCCUUGCGGCAAAGUAAUACAAAUCUACUUUUCAAAAGAACAUAAAAGAGACUGAUUCGAACACUGUGAGCGAGGUAACAAGCCUUAUGACAAAGAAAAACUGAAAGUGAUUUUUGUUUCAUUCGCGCUUCUGCGGCUCGAACGAACUAAAAAAGAGGUUGUCUAUACAUAGGAUACACGGGAUCAGGUGCACUCUUGAAUCGUCUUCUCAAUCAAGAUGCCCUCUCCCUGCUUUUCCUCCCUGUCGUACCCUGUCUUGUCUGCCCGGUCUGUCCGUAUGGCAGGGCUCAGGAAUUAAAUCUGUCGUCCUGGGGCUGGUGUCGCCGCUUCCCACCACUGCAUUCUCCCCUCCUCCGUCUUUGGUAUACACAAAAAAUAUUCCAUCCAUCUCUCCUGCUUUACAUUUUCGAUCCACUAGCGCUUAGUGGCUCUUGAUGACGUUCAUGGAGUCGAGGGCAUCCUUCUCGGCAAGCUCAGCCUCAACCUGGGCAACCAGAGGGCGGAGGUAGGGGACAUCCUACAAGCACGUUAGUAAAUUUACAUUCCCUCUGUUGAUAAUCGCAUUUUAUUUACCUCCUCGGGCUUGGUCCACUCAGACUUGGGGAGCAGCUUGUGCUGGUAGCUGCACUGGAUGGAGCGGCGGAGACGGUAGACACGGUCGUAGGCCUCCUUGUCGGAGAGACGGCGGAUGGCAAUCUGGACAGCCUCGGAUUCCUCCUCAAGGAGAUCGUCGUAUCUAAAUACACGUUAGUUAUGCUGUCGUGGUUGGUGUUGUUUUUAUAUCUCGUCCCCCUGCGAUUCCGAGAUCAACCGAGCCGGACAAGCCUUGCAGCAUCAAGACAGUGGUGCCGAAUCGGCCCAAUUCGUUCCAAAAGAGCUCAAUUAGGCAAAUCCAGCACCGCAUAUCCCAUUUGUAGGCAUUGCUAAGUCGCAAUCGGCUGUCGUUUGGAUUCGCGGUCUGUCGGGGGAAAAGUCGAAUUUCGUACCUGAGGCCAAGCUUGCGGUAGCCGGCGGCAUUGGCGUACCAGGAAGCGGCGGGAGUGAGCAACUUGGUCAACCAAGGUCUGCGGAGGACGAAAGGAGCAAGCGAGGCGGGCAUGAUGGGCGACUCGGCGGGUGGUUGUGGUUGCUGAUGCGUGGUAGGGCGGGAGAGAGAUGCCUUUGGGGGAGAGGAUUGCGCGAAAAUGAAAAAGGUCCCCGUCAGCAGGCUUCUGGUUGGUCUGGUUGGCUGCUGGGCCAGCUGGGCGGGUUUUGUCGAGUCACGUGAGGGGAAUGUCUUGAAGACACGUGACAUGGAUCGUUUGCCUGUGUAAGUGAGAGGCCGUGAAAUACGUAUAGAGGAAGCAAGGAGAGUGAAAAUAAAUAAAAAGUUUGUGCAUGGGUUACGUAUAAUAGUCUUUAUAGCGGCUUGAGUAAUUAUUUAUAGGAAUAGCAUUGUGUGGUGGAACAAUCGUCGGACAUCUAACACUGCCGGGUCAUACGGUGCUCUCUUCAGAGUAACAGUCUGAUAAACACUAGACGGCUGUCAAUAGCAUACCUAUAAAUGAUGUUGCCAUUACAACUGUAGAAUUCAAGGCGAUUGCAACCGCAGAGAUACCGCAAAUACCCUCUUAAACGUCUCAUAUAGCCUUUUGAAACGUCGUAACGGGCCGACACGCCCGAGCUAUAAGCACACAUCACGCCAUGAACAUGCACCGAAGCCACUCAGCCAGUAAUAUCUACAUAUUGCAUCCAAAAAUGCAAGUCGCAUGGCUCGCGUGUGUCUGGGAUAACACCACAACUAGUGGCGUUGGCCCGUUCCGCUUGGCCGAUUGGGCUUGCAUACGCAGCGCUAUUGAAAGCUUGAUUUGGUGAUGUUUGUUCCCUGCAGCCGUGUACACAACUGGUCAUGCAAGCCUAUAGGCGUGCCUCCCAA